GGACUGGGGAAUAGGUUGCCGUCCUCUCAACUCGCUGCAGAUCAAUUAUGUUAAGAGAACAUCUGUAAGUAGAGCUUAAUGAGGUCCAUUAGAGCAACAUGCGCUGCCUUCCCUAACGGUGCUUGUCAGCCUCUUGGAUGAGCUGGAGUGUGCGGCUGACUGGGGACCUGGUGGAGGGGCUUAAAUAGGAGAGAGGCUCCGCUUACUGGCGGUUCUUUCUUCUUCCCUGCCAGAGAAGCCAGAGAGAAGCGCCGACGGACAGGGGCGAGGAAGCAGCGAAAUAGGGGGAGAGUGAAAGAGAGACGACCUGUGAGCCGGGUGCAGGACGCACAGAGAGCCGCUGGGUGGGGAGCCGAGUUUUAGGUACGUCUGAGAACUUGAGAACCUGUCACCAAGUUUUCUCUUAGACAGGCGGGAGUUGCGCGUAUCUCUGAGGGAAAAAGUUGCCUCGUGGACACUUUGGGUCAAAGACGAGCGCUGCUGCAGCGACCCACUGGCCGCUCUGUUUUGGGCAUCUCUGGACUGCUAAAGAGGAGGAUCUGUAGCUGAAUCCGCCGCUGGAGUUCAGUCGGGAUUUCCUCUUAACUUCUUGAGAAAGGUAUACAAAUGCUCUCCGUCCAGCCGGACACCAAGCCAAAAGGCUGUGCCGGCUGCAACCGGAAGAUCAAGGACCGUUACCUGCUGAAGGCCCUUGAUAAGUACUGGCACGAGGACUGCCUUAAGUGUGCCUGCUGUGACUGCAGGCUGGGCGAGGUGGGCUCCACGCUCUACACCAAAGCCAACCUCAUCUUGUGCCGAAGAGACUACCUACGGUUGUUUGGCGUCACAGGGAACUGUGCAGCCUGCAGCAAGCUAAUUCCAGCCUUCGAGAUGGUCAUGAGGGCCAAAGAGAACGUCUACCACCUGGACUGCUUCGCGUGCCAGCUCUGCAAUCAGAGGUUUUGUGUGGGAGACAAGUUUUUUCUGAAGAACAACAUGAUCCUGUGCCAGACAGACUACGAGGAGGGGCUGAUGAAGGAGGGCUACGCUCCCCAGGUCCGCUGACCCCUUAGGCCUAUGAGGAGGAGGAGGAAGAAGAGGAGCGGGGAAGAGAGACCUGAAGUAGAGCUUUCCAUCACACAACAAAAAGCACUAUUGCCUCCUACCCUGCUCCAGCCCACAUGUAAAUAACUGAGCAGGCUUCCCCAGAAAGACACACUCUGCUGUACAGAAUAGCCAUAGAGAAGCCACAUGUGGCAGGGAGAAGAUCGGGGAGCCUACGGCACACUUCUAGUGUGAAAAAAAUAAAUAGUUUGUUGAUUUCUUUGUUUGUGACGGAUGCUGCCUCUUCCCUCCUGGCCAACAGACACUGGCCUCAGAACGAUUUCUAAUUGACUGCUCAUACUGGCCGAUGGAAAGAAAAAACAAUAUAUAUAUAUAUAUUUACCCACCCAAAAGCAGUCUUUUUAUCUGAAAAGGACAGACAACUUCUACUUGAAUCUGACAUUUACUGAGGUAUUGUCAAUCAAUGUAAUUUUGAAGUGAUCUUUUUACUGGAUGAUAUCAGAUUUAAAACAAAGUGAAUGUAAACAAAAGAUCAGCAAAACGAACGCUGAUCACACAUUUGUGUGUGUGUGUGUUCUUCUUUCCCGCGGUUUGCAAGGGUGUGUGUGUGUGUGUGUGUGUGUGUGUGGAGGUCUUCUUUCUUCUUUCCCGCGGUCUGCAAGGUUUGGUCUGGUCCAUAUAGAACUACAGGAUUUCAAAAUUGAUCACAAGAAUCAAGUAGUAACACUUUCUUUCCAAAUCACACUGCUGUAUUAGCUCCAGUGUUUGUAAUAAAAUCUGUGUGUUUCUCUGACUGGAUUAAAUCGUUCACGCAGCCAUUACAUCUAUAGAUUUGACACCAUUGUGUCACUAGAAGACAGUUGAUCCUUUACGACUGAUCACAUUUCCUUCUGGCAGCAAAAGGUUAAAGUGUGUUUGGCUGUUUCUAUUGUCAGUGAAAAGAGUUUUGCUGAAAUAAGUCGGCAACUUUUGAGAACAUAAAGGGGGACAUAUCAAGCUAUUUUUCAGGGCCAUACUUUUAUGCUGUUUUCACAAAAAUAAGUAUCUCAUUAUGAAUAUACCUGUAGGACCUGUCUCUCUAAGCCCCCAUCUCAAAAUAAAAUCUUGUCUGCUCUGAUUGGCUUGCAAAGAAAAUUGUCUGAAUAGAAAACGACACGCAUUACCGCCCCACGCAAAUAUAUGUGUAGAAGCACAGAAAAGGACAUUUUCAAUGAUAUGUCCUCUGAUUUUUCAAACUUCAAUGUAAAAGCCGUAUCCUUAGUGAUUGGGCCACACAAAAUCUUUAAAACAAACGAGUGUUGCAUCAUAUUGCCUGCUCAGACGGCAAGCAACAUUGGUAACUGGCUGCAGAAUUUAGCAGCUAGAGAGCCACAUUCUUUUCACAGCAGUUUGUGGAGGCCCCAAAAUAGCUAAAACUUCUAUUCUUCAGUGCUACAAAGACUCCUGUUCUCCAGGGAAAGGUUGAUGAUGCUCUGUGUCUGCUAGAUGUGUAAAUAGACCGCUCACCGGUUGCAAUUAAAGGAUUACAUUUUUUCAGAUGUUUCAGCUCUGCUGCUCUCAAGUGGUCAGAAUAAAGAAUUGAAGCAGCCUCAAAAGUUAAGGACUAGACCUAAUGCCUGUGGACAAACAUGUGGUUGUGUGUCGUGGGGUGACUUGAGUCACCAUUCCAUUCCUGAAAUGCAUUCCAGUAAGCAGUAUUUGGGCAGCCCGGGUCUGGACUGGAACUCCAGGCUUCAUCCUGAGAGACGGCGGUGUAUUUUUUGCUGCAGACAGUCUUUCUAUUUAUGAAAACCUCGCUCACAUUUGUCAAAUGGAAAUAUGGGGAAUUGGCAAUGGCGCCGGGUUGAUUUAGUGGUCGUUAGGAGUGUAGCAAUUGAUCGGGAUGGUGGUGUUGGUUAAUUUUUUGUACAUUAUUUAUUUGAUAAGCAUUCAUUCAAAAUGUGUAAUUUGUUAAGCUGAUAUGUGAAUCCAUUAGAGGAUUUCUAAAUCUACAUUUGGCUUAUGUUGAGGGUUGCUGUCUGAAGCUUUAAACGGCUUUGGGUUCAGGUAUCAGCACCGUGCGGCAGGUCAGUCACCUUCAGGCCUUCUCAUCUCGGCCUCGGUAGCUGCCCUGCUGCAGAGAAGUUACAUCCAGUAGUACCUCAGCAGAGCUCGGCACUGUAUCUAAGUUCUUUAAUUUGUAAAUUGUGGGUGUACAUAAAAGAAAUAUUCAUUUUUGCUUGCUAUUGUACAAUGAUUUCUUUUUAUGUGUCAUCCAGCAUGAGAUGUUUAUUUUUAGGACAACGCUUGUAAAUACUGUAAUUGUAAUAAUUUUAAGCACAAAUGUAAUACAGUUUUAUUGUGUUA